AUGGACGCCACUACUUCAACUCCAGCAACACCAACUAUUUCAUUCAGAACAAUCCCUGAUGCAACAUUGUACGCUAUCAAUCAUAAGGGACCAUAUUAUGGAAUUGGCAAGUGUUUCCAACAAGUUGCUCAAAUAGCUGCCACACAGGGUGUGAUCAGCAAGGGUGUGUUGGCCGGUCUGUUCUACGACAACCCCGCCACUACACCAGAGUCCGAGUUGAGAUCAAAGGCAUGCUUCUACCCAUCUGCUGCUGACCUAUCUGUCAAGAUUGAGGAUCCAGCCAUAAGCACCGUCACUCUACGCGGUGGCGAGUACGCCGUAUUCCUACACAAGGGACCAUAUGAGACAUUGCCCGCUGGAUGGAUGUACGUCUUCAAGACAUGGAGACCAGCCUCUGGUCGCGAGGUCAUUGUCGACGAUGACCAUCCCACCAUGGAGAUCUAUCUCAAUGAUUAUACCAAGGUUGCCAGUGAGGACCUUCUCACAGAGUUACUUGUUGCUCUCCAAUAA